AUGGAAGAGGCACGUCGUAAUCAGUUAGUCGUACUUGCCAAACGAAUAAAAAGUGCUGAUGACAAAAUUAAUGAGUGCUUGAAAAAGUUGGGAUGGGAACGCGCAGAGUUGUUGCAAUGGUACAAAAAGCAAUCGCAGAGUUUAUCAAAAUGUCCAAUCAAUAACAGUCAUGUUGUUCCUACUGAUUCCUUACAAAGACACUCGAAUAUUUGCUUACUGAAAACUAAAGGAUUCGAUGUCAAACCAUCAGAAAGAAAGCGCAAAACGGCCAAAUAUAAUAGACGGCCUUUAUCAUCUCUGUUUUUUUACGAGCAAUCCUCACAAAUCACUUCGUUCCUUGGCCCUCCGCCUCUUGCUUCAAAUUUAAAAAGCACUAGUCUGCCUGACGAGAGAAAAUAUUUGAUAAACACCACAAUAUUAAAUGAAAGUUCCUCAAAUUCGCACAGAGAGGUUUACGAUAAGAUUGUCGCCGAAUCCAAUCAGAUAAAGUUACAAAGAAGCAACAAACAAGCUAUUACAACGAUAGAUAGACAAGACUUGAAGUCAGGCAUUUCUGUGCCAUCAAAAAAGAGAGUAUUGGAGACUUUGGAUGAAAAAGGAAACAAAAGACGGUCAAAACAGUAUAGAUAUCGUUUGAAAAAAUCAAUGUCUCAAAGUGAAGUAAGUAAAGGAAUAAAGUAG